AUGGCUGUCCUGGCUUCCUGGGUCUGGGUACUGAUUGGCUACCUUUCUGCUGCUGUAGCAGAGAACUCUAAUCCCUCAUCUCUAUAUCCUCCUUUCUGGGAAGACACCAGUGGAGAGAUAAGUGGUUUUGCUUUGGAGGAUGGAAAGUACAUAAUAAACCCGUGGGUAUUCACUGAUAGAAUGGGGUUGUAUAAAAUCUUACUGAGUAAGACGGCCCCAUAUUUUGCAAAAUAUGGUCCAGAAAAUGAACAAAAUCUUUUGUGGGGAUUGCCUAUGCAGUUUGGAUGGCAGUAUAGAACAGGUAGAUUAGUUGAUCCCACUGGAAGGACAACCUGUGGCUAUAAAACUUUUGACGAGCUAUGUGUGUCUGUGGACAGUUGGUGGGCUGAUGUAAAUUAUUUUUUGAGUGUGUUACCUUUCCUUGCUGCUGUUGAUUCUGGCAUACUGGGGAUAUCAUCAGAUGAAUUCACGAUUUUACCACCGCCCCUGGAUGAGUCGAGGUUUUGUUAUAAUGUUUCUGACUGCAAAAAGUUAGUCGGUGAAAUAAUGGACAGCUGGACCACCUUUUUCCAGUACAUGCAGUUGCCUUCUAGUGACUUUGAUGGCCUUUUGCAGCACUUAUGGGCUGCUCAUACCGCAUCCUUGGAGUAUCCCAUCAGUGUCUUUGCAGACAGGUAA